GAGGUUAGAGGCUUCGAAAAUAAUUAAUUUUGAGGGUAUAAUUAAAUGUUAAUUUUGAGGGGGAGGAUUAGAAAUAAAGGAUAUGGAUAUGGAAAUAAAAGGAAGCAAAAAUAUAUAAGGAAUUCUUUUUAUAAGGAGUAGGGGAUGGUCCCAGGAAUAGAAUCGGACAGAACUGAUAUAAGACUUGAAUCCAAGCCUUUGCCACUCCACCAGCGAAGAAGAGUCCAAACUUGAGGUCAGGUCGUCCAAGCAUGGCAGUCAAUGAAACUGUGAAGUAUGGAAUCAUAGGGGUAGGGAUGAUGGGAAGAGAACAUCUUAUUAAUCUUCACCAUCUUAGAACCCAAGGAGUGGUGGUUGUUUGCAUAGCUGAUCCUCACCUCCCCUCUCAGCAACUUGCCUUGGAACUGGCUAAAUCCUUUGAUUGGCCACUUAAGGUCUUCUCGGGGCACCAGGAACUACUGGACAGUGGCUUAUGUGAUGUAGUUGUUGUGUCAAGCCCUAAUAUGACUCAUUAUCAGAUUCUGAUGGAUAUUUUGAACCAUCCUAAACCUCAUCAUGUGCUAGUUGAGAAACCAUUGUGUACUACGGUCGCCGACUGCAGAAAGGUUGUAAAUGCUGCUAGAAAGAGGCCUGAUAUGCUGGUACAAGUUGGAUUGGAAUAUAGAUACAUGCCACCAGUCGCGAAAUUGAUAGAGAUAGUGAAGGGUGGAACUCUUGGACAGGUCAAGAUGGUGGCAAUUCGGGAACAUCGGUUCCCUUUCCUGGUUAAGGUUAACAACUGGAACCGGUUCAAUUCUAACACGGGAGGGACCCUGGUAGAGAAGUGCUGCCACUUCUUUGAUUUGAUGAGGCUGUUUGCAGGUGCAAACCCUGUUUGUAUGAUGGCUUCUGGUGCCAUGGAUGUUAAUCACAAAGAUGAAAUAUAUGACGGAAAGGUACCGGACAUUAUUGACAAUGCAUAUGUUAUUGUCGAGUUUGACAAUGGUGCUCGAGGGAUGCUUGACCUCUGCAUGUUUGCGGAAGGGAGUAAAAAUGAGCAAGAAAUUUCUGUUGUCGGUCACACUGGCAAGGGCGAAGCCUUUGUUCCUGAAAGCAUUGUGCGUUUCGGCUCUAGGAUGGAGGGUAGAGACGGGGUCCAGACUCUAAAAACUGAGAAUCGACUAAUAAAGUAUGAAGGAUUGCAUCACGGUUCUAGCUAUUUGGAGCACCUUAACUUCUUGUCUGCAAUUAGAGUAAAAGGUGCAAAGACUCCGGCUGCUGAUUUAAAUGAUGGGUUGAUCUCAGUUGCCAUGGGAGUUGCGGCACAACUUUCCAUCGAGAAGGGCCGGUUUGUUAACAUUGAAGAAGUCUUGGAUGAACAUAAUUGUUAAGCUUUCACUGUCACCAUGAUCAGAAAAGCCAAAUUCACCAUAAUUAUUGUUAUUUACUUUCUCCUUUUUUGUAUCUUAUUUACAAACAAAAUGACAUGCUAUAAUGAUGAAACAAUCCAAUGACACUGUGCAUGUAUAAAUCAUAAAUUUGUAAAAUUAAAUAAUUUUUAAUUUCCUUUUU